AUGUCCAACUCAACAGGAAACUCUACGGACUCGGACUCCGUCCCCGACCUCUCUCAGAUCCUCCCGCCCUACCUCAACCUCCCCCCGCAUCUCUCCGCCCACAAGUACUUCUUCGUCUGCACUCUUACCGUGGCCGCAUGGGACACCCUCGUCCUCUCCCCCCGCACCUGGCGUCUCCUCCGCACCCGCGAAUGGCCUCCUCUCAAGAUCUUGUUCCACUUCCUCCGUGUCUUCAUGCCGCUGGAGUUUACCGUCGUCGGCGUCGCCUUCUUCGACACUAAGUGGUCGCAAGCACAAUGCUCGCACUUCUUCCUGUUCGAGCCCAUCUGCACUGCUAUCCUCCUCGCCGCCUGCUCGCUCGUUCACGUCAUCCGUGUCAACGCCAUCUAUGAGAAGAGCCGCAACGUCCUCUUUGGAAUGGGUGGCCUCCUUGCCUUCCAGGUGGUAGUUACCGCCAUCUGCUGUGGCUUCUUCCGCUCUACCCCUCUGCUCGAAGGUCAAGGAUGCAUUGCCGAGCCCAAGUCCAACUGGGUCGGUAUCUACUGGUUGUCGGCGACGCUCACGUACACAGCUUCGUUCGCGCUUGCCGUCCAACGCUCCCUGCGCUCGCUCGACAUCAAGCCGCUCUCCUACUGGAAGCUCAUGCUCCGCGACGGGCUCAACCUGUACGGCGCGAUCUGGGCCGUGAACAUGGUCAACAUGCUCUUCUGGUUCAUCAUCAAGCCCACCGGCCCCGAGGACCCCGUGCGCACGAUCGUGACGAGCAUGGCCGCCGUGCUCACCGCGUCCAUGACGAUGCGCAUCAUCCUCUCCGUCCGCGGCUCGCUCGUCUCCGGCGGCUCCUUCGCCGUCUCCUCCGGCUCCGCCCCGUCGCGCUCCGGCAACACCACGCACGUCCUCUCCUCUGCACGCGCGGGCGCGGGCACCGCCCCGAGCGCGAACCCCGUCCUCAGCCUCGCGCGCCCCGGCGCGGACCAGCCCGCGACGUACGCCGUGCCGCUCGGCGCGGCCGACAAGGGCGGCGCGGACUGGGACGGGAAGAGCUCCGUCGGCGGGCGCGACCAGAAGGAGGGCGACAUCUUCCCGACCGAGGUGGACUCCCCGAUCGCGGUUGAUGUCGUUCCGGGCGUGAACCGUCCAUCUACCGGUGGCGACGGCGUGCGCGUCACGGUCGAGAGCGAGACCGACUUCACGUACGUCAAGGAGAAGAACUGAGCGCUGCGUCUCCGUUCGUUCCGGGGGGAAGGUAAAAUGCAGGGGCGCUGAGGUGGUAUACGGUUCCCGGUUUGCGUCGCUCUAUCUAUUCCCUUGCCGUGUGCUGAAGUUAUGCGCUAUACGUAUUGUCUGCAGUGCUGUUUCGCCCGUUAUUCUUGGCUCGUCCCCGCUCGUUCUCCCCGCCUUACCCUAACAGCGCGCAGAGCCCCGAGGCUGCUGCUUCCUCACGCGUUGUUGCCUCCUUCCAUACCUCUCACGUUCGUUGCUAUGAUCUGUCUGUGCUUGUAGUGUAAUAUAUACCCGGUCGUUGGAGGAACGGUCGGAUUUUACCC